AUCUUGGGAAAUGUUUCCGAGUUCCAGCGGGUCGUCAACGUGCUGCAGGAUGGGGUGGAUUUUGAUAUCGAUGUCAACGCGUCUGUCUUUGAAACUAACAUUCGAGUGGUGGGUGGUCUCCUUUCAGCUCACUUGCUGUCGAAGAAGGCUGGUGUUGAAGUAGAAGCAGGAUGGCCGUGCUCUGGACCUCUCCUCAGGAUGGCAGAGGAAGCAGCUCGCAAACUCCUCCCAGCUUUUCAGACCCCAACUGGGAUGCCAUAUGGAACGGUGAACUUGCUGCACGGAGUAAACCCUGGGGAGACCCCGGUUACCUGUACUGCUGGCAUUGGUACCUUUAUAGUGGAAUUUGCCACUUUGAGCCACCUUACUGGUGACCCGGUGUUCGAGGACGUUGCCAGGAAGGCUUUGAAGGCGCUGUGGAAGAAUCGCUCAGAUAUCGGGCUGGUUGGUAACCACAUUGAUGUCAUAACUGCCAAGUGGGUGGCCCAAGAUGCUGGCAUUGGGGCAGGAGUGGACUCCUACUUCGAGUACCUUGUGAAAGGAGCCAUUCUGCUGCAGGACAGGGAGCUGAUGUCCAUGUUUCUAGAAUAUAACAAAGCUAUCAAAAAUUACACCAAGUUUGAUGACUGGUACCUCUGGGUUCAGAUGUACAAAGGAACAGUGUCCAUGCCUGUUUUUCAGUCCCUGGAGGCCUAUUGGCCAGGCCUACAGAGCCUCAUCGGGGAUGUCGAUAACGCCAUGCGCACCUUCCUCAACUACUACACGGUCUGGAAGCAGUUUGGUGGGCUGCCCGAGUUCUACAACAUCCCCCAGGGCUACACGGUGGACAAGAGAGAAGGAUACCCGCUCAGGCCUGAGCUGAUUGAGAGUGCAAUGUACCUGUACCGCGCCACCAGAGACCCCACGCUCUUGGAACUGGGGAGAGAUGCGGUGGAGUCAAUAGAGAAGAUCAGCAAGGUGGACUGCGGAUUUGCAACUAUCAAAGACUUGAGAGAUCACAGACUGGAUAACCGCAUGGAAUCCUUCUUUCUGGCUGAAACAGUGAAAUACUUGUACCUGCUGUUUGACCCAGACAACUUCAUACACAAUGACGGGUCAGCCUUUGAUGUGGUGAUUACACCGUACGGGGAAUGCGUCUUGGAUGCUGGAGGAUACGUCUUCAACACUGAAGCUCAUCCUAUAGACCCCGCUGCGCUGCAUUGCUGUAGGAAGUGGAAGGAAGAGCAGUGGGAGGUGGAAGACUUGAUGCGGGAAUUUUACUCACUGAAGAAAAACAAAAAAAUCCCUUUAAAAAGAGCUUCCAACCACGGUGAAGAGAAAGUUUCGAAAGACCCUGAAGAUGCCUCUUCAGAGAAGGGUGAAGAGAAAAGAAACUCCAAGAAGAGCUCACACUCCCUCCUGAGUUGCCCCAGUCAAUCUUUUAACUCUAAACUUGCAGUACUGGGACAGGUCUUCCUAGAUAACACCUGAUUCUAUUUCCAUUGUCAGUUUAAGUUACUGA